UAUUCUCGUCUCAAAUCUCUCUCAUCGGUAUUUUCACAUUUUCACAUAGGUAAUGACGUAAUUCCGAAAAUAGAAAAAAAAGGAAAAGAAAAAUUUCGACGCGGAACUUUUCCCAUUCGUCCAACCUUUCAUACUCAUAUUUUUUUACGCAGAUGCAGUUACCAAGUCGGCAAUGUUCUUCUUCGCUGCAACAUCGCUGCUGGUGGUAGCCGAAGUUUGUUACUUCACGGCUCACGUUACUCACCCGAGACACAGACUUUGCGUCUUUGUCGCUGGCGUGGUCUUCAUAGUUUCCGGUUUGUUAAUGCUGGUGGGAAUGGUGAUGUACAUAUCUGUAUUCAAAGCCGAGGUUGGUAGUAAGCUUAGGCCAAGAUCGUCGUUUCAGGGGCCGCCCUUCACCUACAGGUACGGAUUCUCAUUUUUGCUGUACGUGAGUGGCUUCAUCACGACCGAGGUCGCUGGCACUUACGCCAUCUUCUUGUACAUCUCUUGGCACCAGAAGGAAUUGGUACGGAGAGACUCGAGGCGAAAAAAUUACGGGGUUGGUAGUAUUAGCUUCUUUUAUACGACCACAGCUUGGACCGAAUUAACAUCCGCUUAAAAAGUUUUUUUCGUUACGCAAAUCGGAACUAUUAGUCCCGAUUUGGCAGAAUAUCGGCCCGAUUUUC